GGCUGAUGAACAGAUGCAUUUCAAACACUGACAAACACAAAUAUUCUCUCAACUUUCAUGUUACUUUUGGGCGUGGACCACAUUGACCCAGGCACUCAAGUGGUGUUUGUUGAUCAAAUAUAAAGAUACUGGCCUGUCUAAAAUGUCAUCCACCCUUCAUAAAAAUGUUACAAUGGCUCUGUUGAUCAUCGUCUCUGUUAUGCCGUAUAAUCUCUCUGUUGACCCCUGCUACAACUACACUGUGCUGAAUGAUCCAAGAAGAUCUACCAACUAUUCCGUCGACUCAUUAUGUGACACUGGCAAGUGGGUCGGCUGGUAUCGACUUUUCCUAGAUGUCUGGAGCGUUCGAAUGCCAGAAACAUGUGUUGAUGAGAAUAAAUGUGGCACCACUGUCCCUCUUUGGCUACGUGAUGGACACCCAAAUGUUGAGGAUGGAGUGGUUUCCCGAAAUGUCUGUGGCCAUCACUUGGGAAAUUGCUGUUAUUUCCCGCCUAUUCUCAUUCGAGUCAAAGCCUGUCCAGACAAUUAUUAUGUCUAUGAGUUCGUUCAAACAGCUGUUUGCAACUCUGCAUACUGUGCAGAUGUGGACAGCAUUAACAAAACAUAUACAAACAACACAACUGUGAUCACCACAACUGAGUUUAGAAGCUCAACUGCCACGCCAAUGAUCACCACGACUGGUUUAAUUAUAUCUCUGCUUACAAACUGCACGGGAAUCUCAUGUAUACAGAAUCUACUUGACCAGAUAGAGAAUAUAACAGUUCUCCCUUUAACUGAUGUGACCAAUCUUUUGGACCUGGUCUUUAAUACAUCAGAGAAGAUUUCCAACUCAUCAUCAGGUGACCCCAAGAAACUAGUGUCUGAAGGAAUCCAGGUGUUGAAAGCCAGCGAGAAGCUCGUCUCCAUGUUGGUGAAGCCAACAAACACUUUUGACAAUGUCAGUUUUAUUCGUGAUUCUGUAGAGGCGCAAGUCUUCAUGGUUGGACCACAGGUCACCUUAAAUAAAAUCCCUCAGCUCGACACAACACAUGCUUCUAUGGACAUUGAUCUCAUUGGGAUUGCCAAGAACAACAAUAAAACAGGGUCAGCUGCUGUGGCGUUCAUGAGCUUUAACACAAUGGAGAAUCUACUGAAGGCAGAAUUCUUCAACACAUCAGAUGACACAUCAGUUAAAACCAUGAUGUCCACUGUCAUCUCAGCUACUCUUCCAAAAACCACCAACAGACAGCUCACAAAACCAGUCAACUUCACCCUCAAACACAUCCGAGAGCUUGUGUCUGGAGGGAGUGUGUGGUGUGUGUACUGGAACAUGACUGAGUGGACUGUAGAUGGUUGUUGUGUUUUAGACACAAACAGCAGCUACACUGUGUGUUCAUGUGUUCAUCUGUCAACAUUCGCUCUCAUCAUGCAAACCAGCAGCACACCAGCAGAGGAUGAUCAUCUGAUGGAAGUGUUGAAUUUGGUGGCUGUGUCGGUGGGUCUGGUGUUUAAUAGUUUGGCUCUGUUGACUUUUGCUUUCUGUCGAUGGAAACCUGGAGUGAACAAUGUGGCUCGAAUCAACCUCUGCAUCAGUCUGCUGUCGGCUCAUCUUCUGUUCUUCCUCACACAACACUUCCUCACACACAUCAGACCUCUUCAGGUGACACUUAUUACUCCAGAUCAUAUUUAUAUGUGUAAUCCUCUUCACAUGAACGGUUUCAUAUUCUCUCUUCAGGUGUUGUGUGGUGUGCUGUCAGGAUUUCUUCACUUUCUCUUUCUCUCCUGCUUUGUGUGGAUGUUCAUUGAAGCUGUGCUGCUCUACAUCUGCGUGAAGAACCUAUCACAGAUCAGCUCCAGACAGAGGGCGGUGCUUAGCAGCAGAUUCUUGAUUGUGAUUGGAUAUGUGAUUGCUCUGGUUGUAGUGGGCGUGUCUGUCGGAUUGGUACCUGACGGCUAUGGCAGUGACGAAUGCUGGAUUAAAGUGGAGAAAGGCUUCAUCUGGAGUUUUCUGGGACCUGUUUGCGUCAUUCUCGCAAUAAACUCGAUUCUCUUCAUCAGAAUCAUCAUCAGUCUGAACUCAACUCUCACAAAGCUGAACCCUGAAGUUUCACGGAUGAAACAAACCAAGAUUAUGGUUUUUAAAACACUGGCUCAGUUUGUGGUUCUUGGUUGUCCCUGGAUUCUGGGUUUCUUCACUAAAGACAGUAAGAUGAUGGAGAUUCUCUUCCUGAUCCUGAACUCACAGCAAGGAACCUUCAUCUUCCUGAUCUACUGUCUCCUCAAUAAUGAGGUCAGACAGCAGUAUGUGAAGUGGAUGAGCGCUCUCGUCCCCGGACUCAAAUCCAAAACCAUCAAAGGCGCCCCCAAAAAACGCUGAGGACCAGAAGUUUCAUUUGUA